ACAUAGCAGCAAACUUGACAGAUGAAAUGUACAAAGGCGAGUACCAUGGCAAGCAAGUGCACCCCCCGGACUUGAACAGCGUGCUGGGCAGGGCAGGAGAGGCAGGUGUUGAAAUGAUCAUCAUCACGGCUGGAAACCUGUCGAUGGCUCGUGAGGCUCUUGACCUCGCAAGGACGGAUGGUACGUCAUCAUUCGCUGGCUAA